ACACAUGUAUUUAAUACAAGUUGAGCUGUCAAAGUGAUUGUAUUGUUGUUUGAUGUGGCGGUGCAUAACGUGAAUGAUUUCUAAUUAAAUCCAACCAUUUAAUCAGUGUACUGUUUUAUAAAAUGUAGGAAAAAUGUAUUUAAACCAGUGACGUGUUAUUUUGUUAGUUAUACUAUAGAAAAAAAAUUCAUGUCAAGGACAGAAAGUUAGCACAAUGGUACGAAGAAGUGAACUCUUCGGUAUUUCUAUAGUUGCUAUAGUAUGCCUUCUUUUAAUCGGAUUCAGUCAAAAAGACGUAUCCACUUAUCAAAGAUCUCACAGAUAUCAGCAGUAUUUAGAUUUGGAUGAUAGUUUUAAAUAUACAAAUAAUACGGUGCCAUCCAUUGACGACGUGAUUUCUAAUAAAAAUUCUUUGUUAUCGAAAGAAUUAUUUAAUUACAAAUUUCCAGAAGGUACUAGUCUUGAAGAUUAUACACUUUCAACUGGUGGUAGGCCUAUACGUACGGUAAUUAUCACUACUUGGAGAUCAGGAUCGACGUUUUUAGGUGAUAUACUUAAUGCAGUACCCGGUAACUACUAUCAUUACGAACCGUUGUUAGAAUUUGGUAUAACUCAAAUUAGAGGAAAUCCCGAGGCGAGACAAGCACUAGAUACUUUAAAAAGUUUAUUACACUGUGAUUAUAGUAGUUUAUAUAGUUAUUUGAAUUUUGGGAUGUCUCAUGUUUAUUUGUUCACCCAUAACACCAGAUUAUGGGACCAGUGCGAGUUGUACCCGGCAUAUUGUUGGAAUGCUACGUUUUUGAGUAAAUUUUGUAAAUUGUUUCCAUUCCAAAGUAUGAAAAGUGUGAGGUUAAGAUUAGCUCUGGCUGAAGAACUAUUACAAGACGACGAUUUAAAUAUUAAGGUAAUAUUAUUGGUAAGAGAUCCUCGUGGUACAAUGCAGUCCCGAAAACAUAGAGACUGGUGUCCUGGUAUGCCCGACUGUGAUCAACCGUCUAAUUUAUGUAAAGAUUUGAUUUCCGAUUACGAGGCAGCUGGUACUCUUCAAAUGUUUUACUCUGAUCGAUUCAGGGUUCUACGUUAUGAAGAUCUAUCUUUGAACCCUUCGGUGAUAAUUAGAGAUUUGUUCGACUUUUUGGGUUUAUAUUUCCACAAAGACGUGGAGAAAUUUUUGAAUACCCAUACAAAAUUCGAUAUAGGUGGUGUUUCGAGCACUUUUAGAGAUUCUAAAAGUGCCCCUUUCCAUUGGAAAGCUGAUCUCGAUUACACGGAAAUUCAAAACAUCGAGGAAGCUUGUGAGGAAGCUAUGAGAUUAUGGGGGUACGUUAGGGCUAAAAAUGUAACUGAUAUGAAAGAAUUUAACCCCCUUACUUCGUAUAGUAUCAAUUGAUUAAGAUUUGUUGAUUUUAUUCACUAAAUCACUGUGAUAACUGCAUUUUUAUGAAAAUAUAUUUUAUUUGUUUAACAAAAUAUUGCUAUGUUUUCUUUUUAAUUGCUUUUAUGCAGUUGUAAAGCCAGUGAUAACAAUAAUGAAAUGGAUUUUCUAAAAAAUGCAAUAAGUCAUUUUUUUAUACAAAUAUUACUGACAAUUUUUUUAAUUUCUAUUUAAAAACUUGAUUUACAAUGAGUAAACAAGAAGUUUAAGUGCAAAUUAUAAAAAAAAAUAAAAAAAAUACGAAAUAUAAUAAUAACCUAACCUAACAAUAAUUAACGAAUAUAAAACUAAAAAAUUCCGUUUAUGAACCAUGAAAAAAUUCCAAAAUUUAUAAUUUUUUUCAAAUUUAAUAAACAAUUCAAAAUUAUUUUCUCGUGAUCAGUGGCGUAACUAUUUGAAAAUGGCGCGACUUCCUUCUAUCGGCGGCCAUUGUUGAAAUGACGUUUUGCUCACAAUACACAAGAAUCGUGUUUUAAAAUACCUUUUUUCGUUUUUAAUUACGUCGUUUAUAUUUGUAUAUAUUUGAUAUUAAUAAAAAAAUGGAGUUUUCAAAUAUUAGUAUCAAAAUCGUGCUCAAAUGGCAACGUUAUACAACUCUUCUAAUGCGGAAGCCAUCCCUACUACCCGGUUGAUACGCCAUUGCUGUUUAUAUAAAAACAUCAGACAUCGCCUUGUUGAUUGCAAUUGUGCCUUUAGUCUACUAAACAUUAAAAUUAACGUGUUGUGAAAUUAUCAAUUGAUAAUAUUACUUGGUAAGUAAUUUUUUAAUAUUAGCUGUUGUUUUUGAUGAAAUAUUCAGUUUUGAACAUGUAGUGGUUAGGUAUUUUUCGGUAUUUUAUAAUUUCACACAUAACCUAAAAUACGUUUAUCCGAGAUAAUCUCGUAGAUCAGCAGUUAAAGUGUUAUAUUUCAUUUUUCUCGCGUAUUUUGUUGUUAUACGUGAUUAAAGUAAUUAAACUAUUAUAAUUGAUAAGAUAUUCGAUAUUUCAAAGGAAUAAAUUUAAAAAAUCAUUCCCAAAGAAUGUUUCGAAAAAGUGAAACAAAUUUUUGUAUUUCUACAUAUUUCAUGAUUUGGAAGGUAUUAAAAAUCUGCAUUUUAACAACUUAUAUAAUUUCUACUUGUUAAUUAGAUACGAGGGUGUUAAAAAAAUUGUUCAGUAAUAUAAAAUAACGAAGUAUACGUAUAUUGAAAUUAAAUACACACUUUACCUAGUUUUAUUAGGUUUAAUACAAUUUAUUUAUUUUAUAUAUAAAAAAAAUAAAUAAUAGACUAGUCAAACUUUGCUCACGAAUGUAUUUGAAGAAAGAAAGGACUUUGGCAAAUUUUCCUAAGCCCUUUUCGAUGAAAUUAGAAUUUUUUACUAUAUUUUAGAAUGGUAUCUGAAAUUGUGCAUUUCUUAGAGAGUUGCAGGGAUCAGAAACAACAUUACCUAUAAAUAAACGUUGAUAGUAGAAAGUUUUAAGGGAUAAAAAUAAAUAUUUCAGUGUAACUUUUCCAAAUAAAUACGUUCCAUUUCAAAAUUUUUGUUGUAAAUGUAAAUAUUUCAAAAUAUAAGCAAAUAAUGCUGCUAAAACUAUACAAAAUGUCUUUUUUAUUUGUUUACAAUCAAUUUUUCAUAAAAAUCCUAUUGAAAAGAGUCAUCGAACAUCAGUUUAAUAUUGCCACGAGUGAUACACAAAGUUAAAACCUUUGCUGGUUGUUUAUAAGGGUUCAUAGCUGCCUUAUUGGGUGUCAAGAUCCCUAAACCUUCUGAGUUGAACCUUUUAAGGUCACUAGGCUCGCCCAAUUCUUCUUGACCGUUCAUUGAUGGGCUUGGUCUGCAGUUUCUACCUCCUCCAUGCAUCCUCUACAAUUAAGAUGGUCCGCUGUGCCUCUAGAUGACCCUUUUCCAUUUAGAAGACCAGUCACCAGUCGAAUUUCGAAUUUUUCUAAUGAAUUUAGAAAAGAAAAUGGUUUUUCUUCAAUGACAACGUCCGUUAUUGAAUUGUUUGACUUUAUUAUCUAUGAGGCUACUUAGAAAAGUACCUGUCUCGAGAAAAUUAUAAUUCAAAAUCGAACCGUGCUCGAUACCACAUCAGUUUUCAUUAGAAGCUGCUGUUUUAUCGGUAACAAACAUUUUGAAGCUGUUUCUGAUCCCUACAAACUACUGCUUUUUAUUUCGCUAUAUGUUUACAGCGAAAGUAAGCAUAUGAUGCUGUACAGGAUUAAUUUUGCUCAAACACGUUUCAGAUUAUUUUUCUAGGGGUUUUCCAACGUUUCAAGGUUAAUACUUGAAGCUAAUCGAUUUACAACCCCUUAAUCAUCUAAUUUUUGUUUUUUUUUCUUCUAUAUGGUUCAAAAUAGACUCCUCCGAAAGGGAACUAUCUAUUUGGAGGUAUUUGGACUAGUCCUUUGAGGUACACAAACUUUUUGUUGAAAUGUACAGGGUGUUGGAAUACCGAUCACUAGUUUUAUGUCAUUUCCGGUUAUCCUGGGCAGGUCAUUAGCUAUUGUUAUGAGUUUUCGGAUUGGUUUCAAUUUCUCCGUUGACGUGUCAUCUGAUGAAGCUACAGUAAGACUUUGGUCCGAAAUCUGGAGGUUUCCAUACACAUUAUGGUCGCUUUGUGUUAGUUGGAACGUUUAGAAUUUGUUUGCACUCCGAUACCAGCUUGAACGUGAUCUCAACAGCUUUGAAAGUCCUCAAGAAUUGUUAGCUGUUAUUAUUCUAGUCCACAGUUGUUAAAAUUUUAUUUUUUUGUUUGCGAAUCACCAGUUUCUACUAGUUACAUCAUCAGGUGCAGUUACGGUGGAUGCGAUUUUGCUGUUGACCUGAUGUACUAAUUUUUCGGUUCCACCCGGUAUAUGUGGCAAAACAACUGACGUCAACUAGUGGAGAUUUUCGUUUCGUUUUGUUUUGGGUUAAAUACUCCUCCCAUGUUGCCAAAUUGCUUUAAAAAUAUUGAGAUUCGUGGCGCUGGCAACAUCUAACUCGUAGCGUUCGCCAACAGCACAGGGCCGGCUUGAAUUUGAAUCAUCGACUGAAUGAUUUAUUAUUUCAAUGAAUAUCCUGUACAGUGUUAGUGUUUUGUUACGAUUUUUUCGAUCUCCCUGUUAUUGUCAAUUGUUUGGUGAAAAAUUCAUAAGAAUUUUCGUAGCGAUUUUGUAAAAAAAAAUUUGAGUCAGUAGAAGCAUAUCUUGUUAGAACUGACUAAUUGUAAAGUAUAGAUAGAAUGUGCCUUUUUUCAAAAAAUUAUUAUAAUUAGGCACGAUACAUCGCACUGUGACAUUUUUAUACGAUCGAAAAAAUAAUUUUUUUGGAAAAAAAUUCAUACAAUUUUUCGUUUUUGGAAAAUUUCGCGUCCUUCCUGUUUUUUGGUUUCUGAAGGUGGUAAUAUGUGGGGUAAAUGUAAUCACGUUUUGUGUAUAACCAAAUCGGUAUAACUACUCCGCUAGGGGGUUGAAAAGGGGUGAGAAAAGUUUUUUUUUUUUUAAAUUUACGGGUAAACUAAACUUGCCAGAAAAAUUUUUUUCAUACAAAUGUUGUGUAUUAUUCAAAAAUCUAUAAUUUUUGUGAAAAUUAUUUUUUUCAUAACAUCAAAAUCUGCGAGUUAAUUGUAGAAAACGAAAUUUUUUGUUUAAUAACGAAAAAAAAAAAGAAAAUUGAAAAAAUUUAUAGAAAUAUCGAAAAAAAGUUAUUCCCUACACGUCCCAACCUUUUAUGUAUAUUAAAAUGACGUAAAUGACAUUGACAUCUGUCAAAUUUUCACUAUUUCUAUGUUCCGGUGUACACUAAAAACGAUUCCAGGGUUCUAAAGUAAUUUAUAUCGUUAGUUUUAAUGCCAUUUUUGAAAUUGGGUUAAAAAUGUGUAUUCCAAGAAUGAUCUGACAAAAAAAAAUUGGGAACCUCUGGUAUACACGACGUUAUCAAUUUUCCAGCUUCGGGAAACUUCGUGUUGCGUCGGCGCGAGCGUGUAUUUCGCGCGCAAUCGCCGCCAUUUCAUGUUGUUUCAAUUCACGCAUGUCAAAAUGUUUUAUUUGAACGGAUAAUUGUAUGAAUUUUUUUUCAACUGUUUUCGAACAAAUUACGGAGCCUAAAGUAGAUUGUUCACGCCGCCACUACCACGAUUUGGGCUUCCAUUGUAGGAGAUUUUGUAAUUUUUAAUGAAAAUUUGAAUCGCUUUUGUAUUUUUUAGUGCAUAGGGUCGAAACUAUGAAAUAAAUGGUUUUUAAUACAUCGAUUACACAAUUUAUCCAUUUAUUGAACAAAUUGACUUUCUUUACAUUUCAAAAAUGUCGAAAUUAUAAGAUUUUUUCGCCAUCAAAUGCAGUAAAUUUCGAAAUUAGAGCAAAAACGUCAACUGCCGUGUAGAUUACGAAUUUUUUGAUACCCUGUAUAUUUUCACUGCUAACUCAACUUCACGUGGUAUUAAAUAAAAAAAAUUCAGACCAAAUUAGGUUAUUUUAGGAUAAAUCACAAUUUUCUUCAUUAUGUAUAUCAGCCUGAGUGCGUCUCUGGCCAUUAUUUCAAUAUGUUUUACGUAAACAAAUAAUUUUUAAUUGUUUUUAUAUGAAAUAUACCCUUUUCCUGAUUAAAAAUCUUAUGAAUUCGACAUAAAUAGUUUUUAUGGUUAUAAAUUUAAUUUAUUUUAUUUAUAUUUGCAAAAAAAUCGUGCGAAAAUGAAUUCCUAAAAUACAUAAUGGAAUUAAAACGACAUUUAUCUGAGGUUAGAACGAGUUCAACUUAUAAGAUCACAGAUUACCGUGUUUUAAUUACGUUACUUACAAGAUGGCAGCAUUUUAGGAAUAUCAUUUCGAUUAUAUCAUAUCAUAGUUCCUAUUAUCCAACUUUCAAGUAUUAUUCAUGUAUAUUUCUUGGUGAUAUUUAAAUUUUGAAUUAUUUUGCUUUUUUUUUAUCGUAAUAUAUUCAAAAAUCGAAA